AUGAAUAUGUUGGAUGAUGAAGAUGACCAAAGCUUUCACGCUACGCGUGACGGCUACUCCCAUUUGAGCGAUGUCGAAUGGGAUGCGGUUGAACGAAUGGGUUCGACCAUGGGCAUCCAUGCUGUUAGCGUCAUGCUAGAGGCUCUCAAUAGAGAUGCCCAACAUGCUACUAUCGCCAAGUUCAUUCAAAAUGAACUUGACGCAGAACGCGAGAAAGUAGCCUUGCUUCACCAACAAGGUUCUCAACAAGCAGAGUUGUUGAGAGAACAAGGUGCUCAACAGUUUGAACUGUUGAGACAGCAGCAGGCUGCUGCUGGCGGGUCGAUGCACUCGCGUCGGCCCGAGACUUUGAAGAUUGACAUCUCAAAGUAUAGGGGUGUCGAAGAAGACUCCCUCUUGAGAUGGUUCGUCGAAUUGGAUGACGCCAUAAGGGCGCGUCGCAUCGACGACGGGGAUAUGCAAGUUGCAUUUGCCCAGUCAAAUCUGGCAGGACGUGCCAAGACUUGGGCACUGGGGCUCAAGCUGCACGACCCAUAUGCGUUUGGGUCGUUGGAAGUCUUCAAGUCGCGGCUCAGACAAACGUUUGAACCGCCUAGAGCUGAGUUCAGAGCUCGAACCGAACUCUUGAAGCUCAAGCAGGGUAAGCGUGAUGUGCACGCUUACGCUCAACAUAUACGACAUCUCACGAGUUGUAUAAGUUCCAAUCCGGUGGAUGAACACACGUUGGUUUCGGUGUUCAUGCAGGGUCUUGCGGAUGGUCCCGUCAAGACUCACCUGUUCCGGCUUGAACUAGAUUCACUAGAACAAGCCAUUUCAAUUGCGGAGCAGGAAGACUUCAGUCUGAGACAGGCUCGCGCCAGCUCGACAUCAUAUCGUCAACCGAGACGAUAUGACAACGGAGGUCCAGAGCCGAUGGAACUCUGUUAUGUAGAGAGCGAGAAGGCUCGCUCUACAGGCUACAAGAAGUUGCAGAGAUGCAACAGAUGUCAAAAGACAGGACACUACGCUUACGAGUGUAGUGCCCCUCGUCCAGUGUCUCGCGACACUGGGCGUAGUGACCGUCCACCCAUGAGAAAGGGGCAGGGACGAGGGUCCGCAGUUGGUGCAAAGACGCAACAACGGGAUGGACCGUCAAAAAACGGACAGGAUCAGUAG